GCGGUGUUUAUGAUACAAAUUUUCUAUAUUUGUAUUUAAUUCGUUAUCUUUUCCGUUUCUUCCUCUCUCUCUCUUUCUCUCUCUCUCUCUUUCUCUCUUUCUCUGUUUUUUCUUCUUCUUCUUCUUUUCAAUUUCAUACAUGAGAAAUUCAUUUUAUAGUAGGAAGUUGUCUUUAGAAAGACUUGAAUAUUAUUAUCAAGUUAUUAAUACAACUGUCCUAUCAAAACAAAAUGCUGCAAGUGGUUUAAUUCCUGCUUCUGUUGCUAUUACCACACAUGGUGACUAUACCGAUGCCUGGGUUAGAGAUAACGUUUAUUCAAUUUAUUGUGUUUUUGGUCUUGCUUUAGCUUAUAGAAGAAUUGAUGAUACAACUGGAAGAGCUUUCGAGCUCGAGCAUGCGGUCAUUAAAUUAAUGCGCGGUCUCUUGUUUUCUAUGAUGCGUCAAGCCUCAAAAGUGGAAAAAUUCAAAAAAACUCAAAAUAUUUGGGACGCACUUCAUGCUAAAUAUAAAACUGAAACCGGUGAUACUGUUGUUGGUGAUCGGGAUUGGGGACAUCUUCAAAUUGAUGCAACUAGUAUAUUUUUAGUAGCUUUGGCUGAUAUGACAACAAGUGGUUUAACUAUCAUUUAUACCCAAGAUGAAGUUGAUUUCAUUCAGAAUUUAGUUUUUUAUAUUGAACGUGCUUAUCGUACUCCUGACUUUGGUAUUUGGGAACGUGGUAAUAAAAGUAACCAUGGUCAACCUGAAUUAAAUACUUCCUCUAUUGGUAUGGCUUAUGCUGCACUUAGAGCUAUUAAUGGUGUAAACUUGUUUGGAGCUAGAGGAAGCCCCUCUUCGGUUAUUUAUGUAUUACCUGAUGAAAUGUCAAGAAAUAAAAUUACCCUCCAUAGUGUCUUACCAAGAGAGUCUAAUUCUAAAGAAGUGGAUGGUUCUGUUUUAUCUGUUAUUGGUUUCCCUGCAUUCGCUGUUGAAGAUCCCUCACUUAUUGAAUUAACAAGGAAUGAUGCAAGAACAAAAUUAGAAGGUCGUUACGGUUGGAAACGUUUCUUACGUGAUGGUCACCAAACUGUGGUUGAAGAUCACUCUCGUCUUCAUUAUAACGAGAGUGAAUUAAAGAUCUUUGAAAAUAUUGAAUCUGAAUGGCCCUUGUUUUUCACUUAUCUUGUAUUAGAAGGUUUGUUUACAGGUAAUAUGGACCAAGUAGAGGAGUAUAGAAAAAAGUUGGAAUUUGUUACCAUUGACUCCUCUCUUUGGGACCCUCAGAAUCCUCGCCCUCCUGAGGAUUAUAAAAAGGACAACGUGAAACGUCCCUCAGUCUUGUGUCGUACUGCUAGUUUGGAUCUUUCAAUUGCGCCUCCUGAUCUUCAUAUCCCGCUAAUCCCAGAACUUUAUUUUGUACCCAGAGAAUCAAUUGAGGCAGAGAGAGUCCAUCCUCAUUCUCAAAAGAGAAUUCCAAAUGAUAAUACUCCACUUGUUUGGGCUUUGUCACUUUACUUACUUGGUAACUUGAUAUACGAAAACCUCUUGUCGCCUUCAGAAAUAGAUCCAUUAGGCCGUCGUUUUAACGUCAAGGGCGAAAAGGCAGACAAUGUUGUUCAGGUUGUUCUUUUGGCCGAAAAUGAGGAACUGCAAAAGACAUUAGCAAGAUAUGGUCUAGAAAUACAAUCAAUUGAUCAAAUCUCAUCAAGUUUCACCGUUCUCCCUCCUCAGGCUUUAGUAGAGGUCUAUUCUGCACUUGGCCAAAAUACUAAAUUGUCUCUAUCAGGUCGUCCUAAUCGACCUAUGGGUACUUUAGCUACCUCGCGUCUCUAUCGUAUUGAAGGCCAUAUCUACGCUUUUACUCCACAAUUCAUGGAUGUUGAAUCCUUUUAUCUAAAUUCGGAUCCAGACUAUUUAGUCUCUACAAUCGAAAAUGAAUUAAAUUUUACAAACGCUAAUUGGGUUUACCCUGGACGUCCUACUAUGACCAUCGUCUUGACAAAUGCUAUGUUGGGCGAUAUUAACCGUAAGGAAGUUGCACCCGCUGACUGCAGUGCUAGCUUAACAAACGCCCUCUUAUCCUCCGAUGCCUCUAAAAAAAAUCUCCUUAACUUCUUUAUGAAUUUACGUUCUGGAGAAUGUAACGGUGUUCGUGUUCGUCUUUCACGCUUAACAGAAACUGUGAAUACUAGUAAUAUUGAAUCACUUGAUUUCUUGAUUAAUAAGCCAGAUGUGAAUUGGAGCCUUAUCCUGUCAUCUAAUAAAUCGUAUCAUCGCUAUCAUGAAGGCUAUCGUCGUUUAGGUUUUGACGAAAACUCUACUUUGAAUUCUCCUGCUGGGUCUUUAACCCCUGGAGGACCUCGUACACCACCACGUCGUCGUAGUGUCUUUGGAGGUAAACUUUUGGGAACCCCACUCAACAAGAUGGAUGGUGAUAGUUACUUUCAAGAUAUUGCCUCUGCUUUGGAAAAGAUAAACGGUGAAGGUAUAUCAGCUGCAAACUUUAAAUUGAAGGAUCAUGAAGUUGCUCCCACCUUCCAUGAUUCCCCCCGUGCCAUUGGAUCCCCCGUUCUUUCUCAUCUUAAAGUAGCUAAUGGUGAAGAAACUGCAUCAGAGACUCCAAUUUCAACAGGAAGCAAGCUGAAAAAGUCCGCAAACUUGACUGUGGAUGCAAAUAGUGAAGAUGCAAAUGGUGGUAGUGAUGUUCUCCUGUCAUUAACAUUAGGUGAUAUCUCCCAAUAUGAUGAUGCUGUUAAAAGUCUCGAAGCAUCUGUAAAUCUAUACGACCAAAUUGAUCUUUUACAAUAUCUUGCAUCCUGUAAGAACCUUGAUGACUAUGUCCCCGAGUUGGAUACUACCAUUCGUAAUCUAUUAGAAGAAGUCUAUGUGAAAGCAAAGCGUCUUCAAUAUUGGUCUAUCGUCCGUCAAGCGAGUGGUUUACUUUCAAAGGUGAUGCCUACUUUGACCUCAAAUUUGACAGAUUUAGUAAUCCGCAAAAAGCAAGUUAGUAUUGGUGCAGGUGCUACGGAACACUUGAUCUCAACACCAUUAAGUCCAGAUGCCUUAAGUAAGAUGAUUGCUGAACAAUGCCUAGAUGAUGUGCGUGAGGGCCCCGUCGUGCAAGAGAUUCUUCUUUCACUUGGUAACUUUAUCCGUACAAACCCUAGUAUGUUUGAUGGUAUCUUAAGAUUACGUACACACUUUAUCAUUAUUGCAUUACGUGAAGAAAUCAGCCGUUUAAAUGGAUAUAAUGAAGAAGAAGCCAUUGAGCAUUUAAUGCAGUUAAGUCCAUUUGAGUUGCAGUCAUUAUUAGGCACCGUCAUGUCAGGCCCUAGUAUGUGUGAGGAUACGGCCAUCGUCGUACGUGACAAACCUGGUGGAUUCUUGUUAUUCUCUCAAGAGUUUGAUCCCAACCGACAAUUAAGUACAGACACUUAUUUACAUAAGUCAUCGAGUAAGCAAGAUGAGGAUGAGAACUAUAUUAAUCCUAAAAAUGAAAAUACAAUUGUCAUUCGUGCCCAAUCCGGUGGCUUCAGUGCAGGUAACUUUGCUCGUGUUGAAAUUAACGAUAGUGUGUUAGCAGCUAAUACGCGUGGUUUGCAUAUCUGGGUCAUUGACCGAAUCGGAAGACUUGUACUCGAGCAUGCCUCAUUUGAUACACAUAUCAGCAGUGAUGAAAGUGAAGAUCUUGUUCGUUUUAUUCACAACCUCGCUUCUGGGAUUAUCGUUGUUCUUGCCUCGAAAGAUGAUUUUGUUGAACACCUAACAAAGGAAGCCAUCAUGGCUCUCAAGAGCUUAGGUGCUCGAGAAAUUGAUAACGUCAAGUAUAGAGACUCCUAUGUUUUAAUUGCCGAGAAAGAUGGAAACCGCACAAUAGAGGCACAUAAGCCUGCUAACGAGGGCCCUACAGACCUGGUUGAAGAAGAAUUUGCAUUGCUCAAGAAGGAUGAUAUUGCACCACAUGAAAUCAAUAAUACCAACAUUAAUUAUUUCUGCCCUACCUCCAAUGGUCGUUGGUUACGUCGAAGAAAGAACGAUGGAGCUCUUAAUCGUGUCCCUAGACACUUUUUCAGCCGUGUUUGGAAAGUGUUGGACACAUGCUUUGGUUUAGAAAUUGGCUCUCAUCAUUUACCAAGGGAUCCUAUUGUGUUUGAAAAGACACCCGAGGAAUUUAAUUUUGCUUUAGCCGUUGAGGCCUUUUUGGGCUACUUUAGAGAUCCUGCUGAAAAACAAGUGGCAAUUGAAAUCCUCAUUCAAAUCUAUCAAAUGCAGAAAUCCAAGUCCGAGUUUGUCUUUAUUGAACAGAACAUCAAUAUUCCAGAGAUUAUGGAAUCUGCAGUUGCUGAUUUCUGGCAUACAUGGGUAGAUAAGAAUAAGGAAACAUUUGAAAAGAGUCCAAUGUUUGAGAAUGGAUUCGAUUAUAAAACACAUAAAGAAAUUGCCAAUAGUUUAUUUUAUGAUCUGCCAUUAGAUGGUCAAGAAAGUACGACUACCUAUCUGCGCAAGAGCAUAUCUAAGGCCUUAAACAUUUAAAAUCUUUUCAUUAUUAUUAUUAUUUUCUUAAAAAAAAACAUACAAACAAUAUUAAUGAAUUAAAUGUAUAUCUUUUGUUUAUUUUA